GGAGGAAGAGGAGUAGCCACACACACCGGGCUGCACGGAUGCAUGAGGAUGGACUAGAAGUCUCCCGCUGAGGCAAGGACGUCGGGAUUAGGCGAGCGACCCCGGACUGUGGAGAGCGCGGGCGCAACAUGGGGCUGUGGAUCUGCACGGUACUGUGAAAAAACCCCUUCUGAACUCUCCGAUCCAUCCCCGUCCCCCCCGGUGACAGACACAGUCUGCUAUCGCAAAGUGCCAUGGCGGUCGCACGCCACCCUGAGUGCUCCGCUAAUCUGCUGCAGUCACGCAAUCUCCUGUGAUCGAGGCCCAGACCUGUACCGGAUGUGCCAGGGAUCGAGAGGAAGGGACCGUGGAGGCUUGAUCUCAUAGUGCUCCAGGGGCAGGGGGGGGGGAGGCAUGAGUCCGGGUACGGACACGGUGAUGACUGACCGACUCCUGGAACUCAUGGAUAUGACUCUGGUUUUCAUGGUCUUGAGGAAUCCUGAUAUGUUUCCGUUCCGGCCUGCCUCUCCUGGAUGGGGACACCGUGACACGAUAAAGCAGGACCAGUACUUUCCCUCGGUCCACCAGAAGUCCAUAAGGGGACUUUAGUGCUGCUGAACAGGUGAAUCUCUUUCAAGGCUACGUUUGGACGCCAUGCUCCUCCCGACGGAUCCCACAUGGACGCCUGACUCCGCCUCCCUGACGCCCAGAUAGUGCUGGAGGGAGAAUGCAUAUCAUCUCCUGCCCAAAGGAAGAAGCCACCAUGAGCAACGUCACGGUCACCGACAACACCGAGCCCCUCACCCACACCGUGAGUCCGGCCACGCCCGGCCCCUGCAGCUACCCGCUGAGUUUCCAAGUCUCCAUCACGGGCUUCCUCCUGCUGGAGAUCCUCCUGGGCCUGAGCUCCAACCUCACCGUGCUGGUCCUCUACUGCAUGAAGUCCAACCUCAUCAGCUCCGUCAGCAACAUCGUCACCAUGAACCUCCACGUCCUGGACGUGCUGGUGUGCGUCUGCUGCAUCCCCCUCACCAUGGUGGUGGUCCUGCUCUCGCUGGAGGGGGACGCCGGGCUGCUGAGCUGCUUCCACGAGGCCUGCGUCUCCUUCGCCAGCGUGGCCACCGCCGCCAACGUGCUCGCCAUCACCUUGGACCGCUACGACAUCUCCGUCAAACCGGCCAACCGGGUUCUGACCAUGCGGCGGGCCCUGGCGCUCAUGACCGCCAUAUGGGUGCUGUCCUUGGUCAGCUUCUUGGUGCCCUUCAUGGAGGUGGGCUUCUUCGCCAAUGCGGAACUCAACCAGACCCUGGUGGAGAGCGCGGUCCACUCCAACCAGUACUACACAGAACUGGGUCUCUAUUACCACCUGAUGGCGCAGAUUCCUAUUUUCUUCUUCACGGCCGUGGUCAUGCUCAUCACCUACUCCAAAAUCCUGCAGGCGCUCAACAUCCGCAUCGGCACGCGCUUCCACGCCUCCCAGAAGAAGAAGGUGCGAAGGAAAAAACGCCCUUCCAUGACGGCCAUGACCACGCAGCCGGAGGCCACCGACGCCUCCCAGAGUAGCGGCGGCCGCAACCCCACUCUGGGUAUGCGCACGUCGGUGUCGGUCAUCAUCGCCCUACGCCGGGCCGUGAAGCGCCACCGGGAGAGGCGGGAGCGCCAGAAGCGGGUCUUCAGGAUGUCCCUCCUGAUCGUGUCCACCUUCCUGCUCUGCUGGACGCCCAUCACCGUGCUCAACACCGUCAUCCUCAGCGUGGGCCCCAGCGACCUCAUGGUCAAGCUCCGGCUGGGCUUCCUGGUCAUGGCGUACGGGACCACCAUCUUCCACCCGCUGCUCUACGCCUUCACCCGGCAGAAGUUCCAGAAGGUGCUGAAAAGCAAGAUGAAGAAGCGGGUGGUGUCCAUCAUCGAGGCCGACCCCACGCCCAACAACGCCAUCAUCCACAACUCCUGGAUCGACCCAAAGAGGAACAAAAAGGUGACGUUUGAGGACAAGGACGCGCGGCGGAAUUGUCUGUCCUCCGAGGCUGUGGAGUGAAGGGACUCGUUCAGAAAACUGGGGGGGGAAAGGGAAAAUGUUCGUCCAAAGCCGUCAUGUAAAUAUGAAGUGCAAUAGAAUUGACAGAAAGGCGGGUAAUUUAUGACUAUUUAUUGAUAGGUAGGACUAGGGAUGAUGUUUGAUACGAAAUUAUCGAGUUCGAGCCCAUUAUCGAAUCCUCUUAUCGAACCGAUUCCUUAUGGAUUCUCAUAUCGAAUCCAUAUAGGUUGUUGUAUAUGGAAAAAAAAAACAAUAUUUGGUUUAACAAAAGCUCACUUUUAGUUUAUAAGAAAAAAGAAAAAAUAAAUAAAUAUUGACUGUUGUUACCCCCCCUAAAAAAAUGUAAUAAAAUAAAUAAAUAUUGACUGUUGUUACCCAAUAUUGAGUGCUCAAAGAGUACGGGGUAUCGGACUGUCUGAUUGUGGCAGUCCGCUCCCUGUAUGAUCAGUGCCAGAGCUUGGUCCGCAUUGCCGGUAGUAAGUCGGACACGUUUCCAGUGAGGGUUGGACUCCGCCAAGGCUGCCCUUUG